UUGCCAACAACAACACAAACAUUAAGGAAUAAUCCUAAACCCUAUACUCCCCAGAUACUAUGUUCCCGAUGGAAAUUCAUUUCCAGCAACCAAAUCUUGAGCAUAAUAACAAAAGUGACAAGAAGAAUCCAGGAAUUGGGAUCACCAAAGGAAACAAAUUCAAAGGAAGAAGCAAAACCAACAACAACAACACUACAAACAAAUUUGUUGGAGUGAGGCAGAGGCCUUCAGGGAGAUGGGUGGCAGAGAUCAAGGACACAACACAAAAGAUAAGAAUGUGGCUCGGAACCUUCGAGACGGCUGAAGAGGCGGCCAGAGCCUACGACGAAGCCGCCUGCCUCCUCCGCGGAUCAAACACUCGAACUAACUUCAUCACUCAUGUCUCCACGGAUUCUCCCCUGGCUUCACGCAUCAGGAACCUUCUCAACGACAAAAAAGGCAUCAAAAAACAAGAAAAUAAUGUUGUUUCUUGCGCCCCAAGAAUCCUUGGUAGUACUAGCUCAAGUUCAACAAACAAUGAUAAAAUUGAGAACUCUGUUCCACAAGUAGUGCGUGAUGAUGCUUAUAAACCGGACUUGAGCAGCUGCGAGAUGAAUCCACAACAAACUAAUAGUUUCUGGUCGGAUUUCGGACCCAUAUUCGACCGCCUUCCGUUUGCUAAUCAUUUACUGGACGCGUCCAAGAUCGACGGGCUUAUUACUGGCGGCCCAACUGACAUGGAGCUUCUGGAAUUUGAAAGAAUGAAGGUUGAAAGACAAAUUUCAGCUUCACUUUAUGCCAUUAAUGGAGUUCACGAGUACAUGGAAACUCUUCAGGAAUCUAAUAACGAACCUAUUUGGGAUCUUCCACCUUUGUGCUCCUUAUUCUGCUAAUAAUCAUGGACCUCCUAAUGAUCCUGCAUAUAUUUCUUCCCAUUAUCAUUACAGUCGUCCCUUCUUUUUCUUUUUUCCUUAAUUAUAAACUUGAGGGAAGAGUGGAGGGUCUCUUAAUUGUGUCGAUUGGAAUUCCAAGAACAGAAGGUUUUGGUUUCGGAAAAUAUUUUUUUUGUUUCGAUUUCUUGGUUUUGAAUUUAAUUACAAAAAUGCACUUGUUUUUCUUUUUGUUUAUGGGUUUCAAAAAUGUUAUGUAUACAUAUUAGCCAUCAAAUUAGUUAUAUUGGAUUUUUGUAUAAAUAUAUAUUUUAUUUAAUUUAUUUUUAAUAUGUA